UUCCAGAUCUCUCUUCUACUCAGAUUCUGGUGUUAUUUACCAUCGCUAGGCCUAGCCUAGCCAUCAACCAGCAGGCCAGAUGGAGAUGUUCUCGAGUGUGUCUAGUUGGCUGGGAGGUGUGAUGGCAAAGAAGUCAAUUCCCACUGAAGAAGGAACUGUUCCCGUGGCUUCACCCUCUGAGGGAUCGAAUGAAGUAAAUAAUUCUGAGUCACCUACUUCACAGCUUUCAACCAAGGGCUCCACUGAUGAGAAAAACGAGAAUGAGGAUUCCAGUCCAACAGGCAGUGCAGACAAGGAAUCACUGACAUCUGGACCAGACACUCCACAGUCAGAGAAGGAGGACCAUGCUGAAGGAACUGGAAUCAAAGGAGACAUUGCUGAGGUUUCCAACAGAGCCUUGCAGGGAGCUAAGAACUUGGGCUCAUUCCUCUUCUCAGCUGUCAAUAAAGCUGGAAAGACUAUGAGUGAAGCUGGGGCCAAGCUAAAGAAAACAGUAGAAGAGAAUAGUAUUUUAGGAGAGUUUAACAAGGAGCAAGAGGCAUUCCUGAAGGAGAAGAGUCAUGAGGGUGGUGACAUUGGAGUAGCUCCUUGGGUUGGAUAUGCUGAUGAAGAGACUCUUAAAGAACAGAUAUUGGCUCUCUCCUCUGACCGGAGGAACUUCGUGAGAAAUCCGCCCUCUGGGGUCCAGUUCUCCUUCAACUAUGAUACCAUGUACCCAGUGGCCCAGGCCAUUCUGGUGGAAGACAAGGAACUGGAGAAGAUGAGAUUUGAGCUUGUUCCAAAGCUAAUCUCAGAGGAGACAUUUUGGCGUAAUUACUUCUACCGUGUAAGCCUCAUCUGUCAGUCCUCAGAGCUGUCCUCAAUGGCAUCCACCAAUCAGCAAGAGGACUCUGCCUCAGCCCCUUCCUCCCGCACUGAUUCCAUGGAGAAGGAUACAGGAGAUUUCAGCCCCAUUCACACAGCUGACUUUGCCUCUGACGACUAUCAGGCCUCAUCCAAGGACAUUGAGGAGGUGAGACGAAGUGUCCAGCAGCUCCACACCUCAACCAAGAAGAAGACCCCAUCCAAAGAUGGGGUCCAGCUGUCCAUUCUCCCCCAA